AUGCUUCCUCGCAGAAAUCCAAGGCGUAACAAUAAUAACGAAACACCGAUACCACCACCUCCACCACCUCCUCAGUUCGACGCUGCUAUGUUCCAAGCAGCUGUCACGGCGACCGUAGCGGCUGCCAUGUCACACAUCAAUACUCCUGUCCCUAGUGGAUCGGGAACAGGUGCACCUCCUUCCAACCAUGGCGAGAGUCAUGGGCACCCCCGGGAAUGCACCUACAAGGAUUUUACAAAUGCCAAACCCAAAAAUUUCAAUGGAACUGGAGGGGUUAUGAUAUUAAGGCAGUGGAUAGAAAAGACAGAAGCAGUCUUUGAAAUCUGCGCCUGCCUAGAGAACAAUAAGGUCAAGUUUGCUACUUGUACCUUUUCUGACAGGGCUUUAACUUGGUGGAAUGGCCACGUUAAGUCACUGACUCUGAUAGUGGCAAAUUCGAUAAGCUGGGAGAACUUGAAAGCCAUGCUGAUGAGAGAGUACUGUCCACGAGGGGAAAUUCAAAAACACGAGCAGGAACUCUGGGGUCUUGUAAUGGUUGGUUCUGACAUAUCAACCUAUACUAAUAGAUUCUGUGAUCUGGCAAUUCUUUGCCCUGAUAUGGUUACUCUAGAGAGCAAGAAAAUAGAGAGAUAUAUUUGGGGACUGUCGCCCCAGAUCCAGUCAAGUGUGUUAGCAUCAAGGCCUGUUACUUUUGACAGCGCUAAAGAGCUGGAACAAUCUCUUAUAGAUCACGGAAACUACCAGAACCCAACAAUUUCUACACCCGAGCAACAAAAGGGAAACAACAACAACAACAAGAAAAAGGGGUGGGGACAAGAGGAAAAGCGGGACUUCACAAGAAUCCUCAAAGAGACAACAACUAGUUACAAUCAAUGUUGCCACAGUAACUCCUGUUGUCCCUGCUAA